CGUCUGUGCAGUCUUUGGGGCGCUGCUUCCGCACCUCGCGGACGAGCAGAACUGCCCGGCUCCGCCGGCCGGGCGCCCCGCGGAGGUUCUCGCCCCCGCGCGCGCGAGGCGCUUUUGUUCCCGGGUGACUGGCGCGCACUUCGCGCUCCGCCGCGCGGGCUGUGCCUCCCCUGGCUUGCUCCGGCGCGCCUUGGGUCCGUGGGGCCAGCGCACUCUUGGGACUGCUUGUCCGCAGCACCGAUGCUAUAGUCGGGUCGCUGAAGAAGGAACCCUUCUCGUUCGGGAGGGGCGCCGUGUUCCUUCAUCGUUUGACAGCCUGCCUCAGGUUUUCCUUAUGCUUUCGAUGGGAACUCGAAGUUUAACUUCUCGAGAAAAGGGGCCUCGUUCCUUCUUGAUCGUUCCUUAGGUCAACGCUCCGACUGCAUUUGCUGCUCGAGUUGUUCGAGGAGCGCCUCGAGCACCGCGGCCUCACCGAGCAGUCCAGGCCCCCUCUCGCCCUGCCAUCCGCCCGAGAUCGCAGAAUCAAGGGGUCAUCCAGGAAUGGUGCCCAAGGGCCUCGUAUCCAAGGCUGUCCGGGCCGCCUGCCGCCGCACGACGGCCGAGCGGGUGCACCGUGCGGGUGGCGCGCGUGGCGUGGUCCCGGCUGGUGCCCCGGCUGGUCGACGGUGCUCGACGGGUCGAGUUCUCGACGCAGGUCAGCAGGCUCCCAGUUGCGAUGCGUAUCCAAAAAUUGGGGGCCCUUCGGCAUGGAUGGGCUGGGACUUGGUGAAGAACAAGUUCUGGGGCUAUGAGUUCUCCAAGGGCGAACUCGACGAGCUCGAGGCGGCCAUGGCGUCCGCCCUGAAGUCGGGGGACCUCUCGUGGGACGGCGACAUCGCCGUCAACGUGUCGCAGGAGAACUUCCAGCUCGGCGCGGUGGCGGCGACGCUGGCGGAGCUCAGCGAGGAGCUCGAGAGCAAGGGGUGCGCUAUGAUCGCGAACGUUCCGGUGGAGAAGUACUCGGAGGCAGAGCUCAGCGUGCUCUACCAGGGCAUGUGCGCGUACGUGGGCCAGUGGGUGCCGCAGUCCUCGGCGGGCUUGCGCUCCAGGAGCCGCGGCUACGGCAUGCCUCUCGGGAAGAUCAAGGCGGAGAUGCACGGCAACACGCCGCUCGCGGGCAAGCAGGCGAACAAUUACGGGCGGGGGCCGGCGCACUUCCGCUUGCACACCGACCGGUGUGAUGUUCUCUCGCUGCUGUCCAUCCGCACGGCGGCCGCUGGUGGGCGGUCCAGGAUCGCCUCGGCCGUGACCAUCCACGACAAGAUGCUGGAGAUGCACCCUCACCUGGUGCCAUACCUCUACAGCCCCAUCCCACGCAUCUGGGAGGCAGGCAUCUCCGACUUGCCAGUCUGGGCAGUGCACAAGGGCAAGUUUACCACCCAGAUCUCGCCGUCAUACAUUGAGAACGCGCAGUUGUGCCCGGGCGUGCGCAAGCUGCUGCCUGAAGAAUUGGAGGCUAUAGAUCUUCUUGAGGAGAUCGGCCUGGAGGUCGGCCACGAUUUCCUGCAGGAGCCGGGACAGAUGACGUUCCUGAACAACCACUUGGUCUACCAUGGCCGCACCGCUUGGAAGUACGAGGGCGACCAGGACGAUGCAAGCCUGGGGAGGCUGCUGUUCCGCAUGUGGCUCUCGCCGCGCAACUCGCGCGAGCUCCCCGACACGCCCGAGUUCCGCGCGCUCUGGGGCGACGUGCGCCCCGGGGCGGUGCGGGGCGGCCUGGAGCCCGCGGUCAGAGCCGGGCUGGUUGAGAAGCCCAGCGAGCUGACCGACGCAAUCAACUCGGGGACCUAUCGGCGGUCGGCGGACUACUACGGCCUCUUCAGGAGGCGGUUCGCGGGCCAGAGCGUCGACCCAUUCGGCUCCGGGGGUCGGCGGACUACUACGGCCUCUUCAGGAGGCGAUUUGCGGGCCAGAGUGUCGACCCACUCGGCUCGCCCUAGGACGUUGCCGCGCUUGCACCGCUAUCACUACGCGUGCAUCGGCCAAUGGUUUUAUCGACCCGUGUUUUCCCAGAUCCUGCGUGCCGCAUUUCGUUGCAUGCACACAGUAGGUCUCAUCCAGGCAUCAAGGUCUCCGGCCUCGCGAAUUGUCGAGGAGGCAGUUCGCAGAGGGAGCGCCACAGGAGAAGAUAUGCACAAUUGCGGUACUCAAUAUAGUGGGGUCCUUCGCCAGGCUAAUGUUUCGACCAGAAGAGCCGCCUGCGACCGAAUUCUCGCACCGAUCAGCAUCGCCACCAUUUUCACCAGCAGCGCCUCGAAGCUGCAAACGCCGUGCGAAGAGUGUUGGCGGUGGCUUCAGGCACUGCAGUUUACAUAGGUCUGAGGCCAUUGCAAGAGGCGUUGUCGUAUCAGUGGGGCUGCCCGAAGGCAGCGUCACUAUCGCCGACACCAUCGCAGCGUUCGGUAUCACGAUCAGAGCCACGCGCCUGUCCAAGCGCAGUGCGACGGGGGUCUCGGCGAGCUGGAGCAGGUCAAGAUGGCACGGCGUGCCUCCUUUGACGGGUUGCCGCCUCCCCAUACACAGUCUCCGCAGUUCCUUGCGGGCGGGAUUCGGAGGCGCGCGGAGCCCCCUGUGGUGGGCGGGGCACGCGCCGCCGAGUCCCGACGCCCGCGGCGUGGGCGGGGCUCGCCGCGCUGCUGCUGCUCUUCGGCUGCGCCCUGGGCGUGGCCACCCGCGGCUGCUGCGGGCCGAGGUUUCUCGCCGCCCGUCGCCUUCUGCAGGUGCUGAGUCUCUGAGUCGGUUUGCGUGGUUGGACUCCAUCGCCGGUUUCUUUGGCCCAGCAGCCCCUCGGACUGACCAGAAUCUAACUUGCCUGUUCCUCUGCACUACAUCGCUCUCGUUUCCCUCGUCGGUGGUGUUGUUGGCUUGCAGGGGGUUCCCAGGGUCAUCCUAGUCUGCAUGAAGAAAUGCUCCCUGCCGCUUUCAAGGUGAAUGAGUUUAACAUGUUACUUGGCAUCGCUGAAUUCGAGGCUAAGCAGCGACCUGCUUUGCUGAUUUCUUUAGGAGUUGGGGCUGGCGGAGAAGAACCGAUUUCCCGAUGAUGUUUUGAGGCUUCGGGGGUUGUCGCUUUGUUCCGUC